AUGUCCUGGUUUGGCAAGCCGACUUCCAAGCCGGCCCCAGCGGCGAACACGAGCGCCGUGUCCGAGCUGCAGCGCUUGAGAGGACGACAGAUCUCGAGCUUGGUGCGUGCAGGCGGGCAAGCCAUCAAUCACCAGCAGUCGAUCUUCGACGUUGUCGUACGCCUUGUGGACUCCCGCACCCUCACCUUGCGAAUAACGUUGCCGGACGAGUUUCCCAUGCAGGCACCCAUCAUCCAAGUGAGUUCGAUGUCCCCCCAUCAUGCCGUGCCGUGCCGUUCCUUAGCGGAAUGAUUUGGUAGACGACGUCGCGGGUGCAGCAUAGCUGGUUGGACUCUCAAUGUCGAGUCACCGGGCACAUGGACUUGUCGACUUGGAGUGCACAUGCCGACAUCGGUCGCAUCGUGACUGACAUUGUGACGGAGUUUCAACGCAGUCCACCUGUGGUGAUUGGCCGCGGCGGCAUGAGUAGUCCAUCGAUGCCGCCUCCGCCCAUUACAACGAGUGCGUCGGCCACCCCCAUGUACCCUGGUCCAACGUCUGCAUCGCCGUUGACCCCAUCAUACCUCCAGUCAUUCCCCCCACAUGCCACGUCGCACCAACACUCACAACAGCCGCCCGUUCCUUCGCUGUACCCUCCGUAUCCGUCGGCAUCGACCGCUUCGCCGUCCACGUACGGGUACCCUGCGCCGUACGCUAGUUCGUCCGCCGGAGCCAGUUAUGGCCAAGGCAGCCAUCAGCAGCAACCACCCAAGCCUCAGCGCGAUGUGGUGCGGCAGACUCAAUCUCCUGCCAUUCCAACCGUGUUUCCUGAGCUGGAAUCGUUGUCCGUCAACCAGUUGGAAAAGCUCGUGACCGAUCGAGCGACGUUGAAAGCGUACAUCAAGAGCAUGGAUAACGUGGUCAACUUCAUGAAGCUGUACGACGACCUGGUCAAGGGCAACCGAGAUAUGGCAGAAUCUAACUUGGGGUACGAGGCGCAGCUCGCGCCGCUCCAAUCGGAUGUGCAAUCGUUGAAACAACAACUGCAUCAAGCGCAAGAGUCGCUGCAUGCCAAGCAAACCCAGCAGCGUCAAGCGUUGGUGGUAUGUUCUGCCAUAUACCUUGUGUUCGUGGAAGUUCAGGCGGCGCUUUGUGUGAACAUAGCAUUUUCAAGCGGAGCCCUUGGUGGCGCGAGUCGCGCAAGCCGCCGACGAAGCGGACGAAGCGUCCGAGGAAAUCGCAGCGCGGUUCACGAAUGGUGAAAUCGAUGUGAGUCAGUUCGUGACCGAGUUCUUACCCACGCGCAAGUUGUAUCAUUUGCGGACGACCAAGGUGGACCGCUUUACCAAACCGUAGUUGAGCAAUGCAAUAAGAAUACAAUCCAUUAUGCUUCUCGAAACUUCCACUCCUCGCGACACAGGGGACACUUGUGCUGUGCAUCUUUGAGUGACUCGAGCCAUUUUACCAAGCAAUGCAUGUGCAAUGCAUGUUCACAUCGUCCAAAGACUAAUCCACAAGUUCAUUCGUGUUGGAUAGGGCGGGGAAGUCUACCUGGUGGACACCCAUCUCCCGGCACGGUGCAUUCCGGGCAGCAUGCCUCGAAUGGGUUCUGGCAGAUGAUACAGCAUCCUUCGUUCUUGACACCCCAUGACCACGUCGCAACGCCGUGGAUGCGCUUCACUCGGAUCUUCAUCUGUAUUUGUCCG